AUGUUCGACAUCAACGUGCCCUCCGAGUUUGGUCCGGCCACCGUCCGCAUCGCUCUUCCUCCCGCCUCCCUCCUCCACUUUCCUCCCAACGAGCUCCCAGUGACCAUUCCGGCGCCUCACGUCUCUGAGUGGACCUGGAAACAGCCUUUCAACAUCCCCAAUGAUCUCUAUAACCAGGUGUUGGACGUGCGGGUCCCAAUUACCAUCGCCACCGUCUAUGCGCUCACCGUGGUCUUGAUCAAUCGCAUCAAUAAAGCUCGUGGCUACAAGCCCUAUGCCUUUAGCCACUCGCGCCUGUUCAAAUCCUUCGUGAUUCUGCACAAUGUAUUCUUGGCUGUCUAUUCCGCCUGGACUUUCGUCGGCAUGCUCCAAGCCUUCAGCAACUCCUUCCCGUCCCAUGACGAGUCCAAUGGCCUCGUCGGUGUCGUGGACUCGCUCUGCAAGAUCAAUGGACCCCGUGGCUACGGUAACGCCGCCACGUACAGCCCUCUGACCGAUGAAUGGUCCAUUCCCAACUCCGCGCUGAAGCUUACUGGCGGUCAACCCGAUUCCAGUGACGUCGGUCGUCUCUGGAACCAGGGUCUGGCUUACUUCGGCUGGAUCUUCUACCUGUCCAAGUUCUACGAGGUUGUCGACACGGCUAUCAUUCUUGCCAAGGGCAAGAAGAGCUCCACUUUGCAGACUUACCACCACGCUGGUGCCAUGAUGUGCAUGUGGGCCGGUAUCCGCUAUAUGGCGCCUCCCAUCUGGAUCUUUUGUCUGGUCAACUCGGCUAUUCACGCUAUGAUGUACACCUACUACACCUGUACUGCCCUGCGCAUCCGUGUUCCCAACCUGAUCAAGCGCAGCCUGACCACCAUGCAAAUCACCCAAUUCAUCUUGGGCACUAACAUGGCCGCUGCCUACCUUUUCGUUCACUACACUAUUCCCUACUCCGCUGGUAGUGCUGCUCUGCGCAACCUGGCCCAGGCCGCUCCCGUUGUGGCCAAUGCUGCUACUGAGGCUGGUGUCAUGCCCUGGCUCAAGAAGCUGGCUUUCCGCGCCGCUGGUGCGGAAGGUCUUGCUGAGAAUGUGGGUGGAGCUGUCACCGCUCCCCCGGCUGGCUAUACCCAGCAGGUGGUGACCUGCUUGGAUACCACCGGCCAGGCCUUUGCCGUCUGGCUCAAUGUGUCUUACCUGCUCCCCCUCACCUACCUCUUUGCUCGCUUCUUUGUCCGCUCCUAUCUGCAACGCAAGGACCCCGGUGACAAGCAGCCUACCCACAUGGAGGCUGCCGAGAAGGCCGGUGUGGAGGCCUUUGGUCGUCUGAGUCGCGAGAUUCAGCGGGCUGCUAUCGAGGGCGAGAACAGCGAAACCACCGACGAUGAGGUCAUCCGGGCUCAGGUCCAGAAGAUCGUUGAACAAAAGGCCCAGGACUCUCCCGUGCGCACACGGGCUUCCGCCGCCAACAAGGCCAAGGCCGCUACGUCAUCCGGUUCAGACGAGGGUUUCUCCACUGUGAAGAAGGGCGCGAAGAAGCAGGCCAAGGGCGAGCAGAAGACGAGCUCAGGCUCUCCGACCGGAAAGGGUGAGAACCCUUUCGGCGUACUCGAUCGGAAUGCGUGA